AUGGUGAUGGUGAUUGUCGGCAUGGCCGGGAGCGGAAAGACGACGUUUGUGACGGGUUUGCACAAGUUUCUGCGUGAAAGUGGGAAGCGCGUGUACACUGUGAACUUGGAUCCGGCAGUCGUUUCGCUCGGCUACGAGCCGAACAUUGACAUCCGAGACACCGUCGACUACAAGAAAGUGAUGCAGCACUACCGUCUCGGGCCGAACGGCGCGAUUCUGACGUCGCUGAACUUGUUCGCCACAAAGUUCGGAGACGUCUUGCAACUCCUCGAACAGCGGAAAUCGACGCACGACGUGAUCCUCGUCGACACUCCCGGCCAGAUUGAAGUCUUCACCUGGUCAGCGAGCGGCACAAUCAUCCUCGAGAGCCUCAGCGCGUCGCUGCCGACUUGCGUAUGUUACGUGCUCGACACUCCCAGAUGCUCCAGGCCGGUGACGCUGAUGAGCAAUAUGCUGUACGCAUGCAGCGUUCUCUACAAGGCAAAACUGCCCUUCAUCGGAUGCUUCAACAAAAUCGACGUGGCGAACCACCAACUCUGCCAAGAAUGGAUGACAAACUACGACGCGUUCCAGGAGGCGUUGCUGACGGACGAGAGUUACUUGGCCAGCUUGAGCCGCUCGAGUGCUCUCAUGCUCGUCGAGUUUUACCGCGUCAUUCAGACGAUCGGCGUCUCCUCCGUCUCGGGGGAGGGUAUGGUUGACGUGCUAACCCAGUUGGAGAGAUGCGCCGAGGAGUACCGGCAGGAGUUUCUGCCUUUUCUGGAGCAGCAGAAGAAGACGAAAGAGGAGAAAGCCCGCGAGGCUGCGGACGCUCAACUCGCUCGCUUCAGACGGGACUAUGAUCCUUCGGCACAGGCUGCGGCUCUGGCAGCUGCCGUCUCCGCCAGCGCCUCCAAACCCGAGAAGAAGGGUGUCUCUGGAGCCCAAGAGACAGACUCUUCGGGCGCGAAGAGACAAGACGAGGUGGGGGAGGGACAGGCCCGCGACUAG